AUGGUAAAUGAGAGUGACAACACCUCCAAGUUUGAGAAGCUUGGCAUGUGUGGUUUCUUCACCAGUGGAGGCACCACACUUGCUGGAGUGACAAAGUUAUGUGGAGGUGGUGGCGUUGAGGUUGAAGAAACAACAACCAAGGCAGAUGAUGCCGACUAUUGCACAUAUGCGGCGAUUGUUCCACCCUCAAGCUGGCGCACUUUAAUCUCUGACCCGGAAUUCGCUAAUCGCCACUUUGAAAGAGAUCAUGAUCAGGAGGAGGUUGUGCUUCGUCCAGAUGGUCCUGGAUCCCUCUCAAGAACCCUCAUCUUGAUUGAUCUUGAUCGGUUAAAGCCUUAUGCACAGUUUUCUCUCCCCCUAAAUGAUCAGCUUCCUUUUUCCGGGAUUGAAAUUGUGAAUUCAUGCAAUGGCCUGCUGUGCUUGUCCAGUUACCUUGACAAGAACCCAGUUCUUGUAUGCAACCCAAUUACGAGAGAGUACAUCAACAUUCCAGCAACUCACACAGAUCAACAACAAGAAAGGCUGCAGCUGGCCGUGGCUUCUGGGCUUGGCUUUAGUCUAAAGAGUAAUCAGUAUAAGUUGCUGAGGAUAUUUGAUGUGGGAUAUGGUCAUGGUUUUGAUAAUCUACGGUCACAUGGAAGGCAGUUCGAAUUUGUUUCGCUGCCUCCUUACUCUGCUGCAAAUCACAAGAGUAUAAGUGAUUUAAGAAUGCAAGGACUUGGAGGGUGUAUCAGUGUAUGCGACUUUUCUUGUGCUGAGUAUUUCGACAUUUGGCUCCUGAAAGAUUUUGGAGGCAAGAAGAAAAUCUGGAGCAAAGAUUAUCGUAUUCAUAUGUUGCAUGGAAAGGUUCAUCAGCCUAUAAGAAUUAUGAAUAAUGAGGAGAUUUUGAUGAUUCGAGGUUUGAACGCCAUGGUUUCUUACAAUCACUUGCGUAUGAAACUCAGGCGUCAUAAAAUUUGUGGGAUUCAAUCAAAUUUUGGAGCAAGUAUUCACAUUCCUAGUUUUGUUUCGCUCAAGGAUAUCGUAGGAGGCGAUGAGGUGGAGGUGCUAAUUGUCAAGGUAAAAUGCAUGUGA